CCUCUCUCUCUCCUCUCGUCUCUCUCUCUCUCUCCCCUCUCUCUCUUUUUCUCUCCCCCUCUCUCUCUCUGCGGGCAGAGAGAAGAAACCCACGCGCGCAAGCAGUGAUGUCUUACGAGUGAUAAUUGGCCCAGGGGUCGCUGGAGCCAACCGUGGAUUGAGAUGUUGGGUUCAUACAGUCAAGAGAGGCAGAAUCAGCAUCCGUUCCCACCUGAGACUCCUGCCUGGGAGAGCAGCUGAUGAACAGUUUGUCUCCGCGUGCCUCUCCUCUGCACCGUUAAAGGAAGGUGACCAAGAAUGUUCCAGGGAAGACUGAAUUCUGGCCCAUCACUUCACUUGCCUUCUGUGAGCUCCUAACUCCGACCUCAUGACUGGUGCUGUAGGAUCAGUUUCUUCCUCAUAUCUGUGAGGGUUGUAUAUGUGGACACAUCAUGACAGGCAGCGGAUCUUUCCACAAACACAGCUUUUCCUGAGGACAAAGUGGUGCUUGGCGGGGGAGAGUGAUGGAUGCCCACAUUUUAAAAGUGAUGGAUGCAGAAGAGUCUGACGGGAACAGAAAGUUUUGAGGGAGUUCACUGCCGAUGCAAGGUGACUGGCUGGAUAAAGAAGUCCAAAGUUAUUUUUUUAUCUGUAGAACAAAUAAAGCCUGGCCAAAGGCGAUUGAUAAUGCCACCUAUACAGAAGUCAGUUAAAAAAAUGAAAAAUCCAACCGUUGGUAUCUUCUAAAUAGCUGGGAAUUUGUCAGCCAGUACUGGAGUGGCUGAGCUGGGAUACUUUUUUAUUUUCUUCAGGAAUAGACACAAUAUGGCUUUAUAAAAUGGUGAGAUACAGCAUCUGUGCACCGGACAGUAAGGAGCAGCAAGACAAGCGAAGAACGGCCCAAGCUUGCUGUGAUGUGAUAUGAUGUGCCCCAUCCCUUAACUUCUGCAUAUCCUGUGUGUCAGCCGUGUAGGCGGCUCCUCCUUUUUAUAUCACAUAUAUCUUAUGCACUGUGUGUAGAGACAGAGGUGGAAGCAGAGAGAGAGAUUAUACUUCAUCUGUGUCCCUAUCUGGCUGUACAUACAGAGAAAUGCCAUGUCUCUCGAAAGAUAUGCACUUGUGGGCAAUGACAGUGGCAUAUUGUUGCAACUCACCACCAGCUAUUAUAUUAACUACCAUGACCAUUAUGGCUAAAGGUACUGCAAGCUUGCAGUGUACAUACAGAAAAGCCGGCACACAUGCAUAUUCCUGGAGGAUAACAGAGACCAGUGAACAUAGACUGGGUGUGGGGCUUUCCAGUGAGCCCGAAGAGGCACAUUUAGUUGAACCAUUAGUACAAGCAAGCCAGACAGAGUCCCCACCUCUCCAAGACUUCUUAGAGAACCCCAAGAAGUUGACAGAGGCAUCCAGGCUUCCUCCUGAACCUCCCUGCUGGAGGCAGAGGACUCCAAGAUGGAAGAGCCUCAGGAUGGAAGGAGUCUCGACUUCAGAGCUGUCACGUAGAAGAAGGCAUCCAGCAAGUGGUCUGACCCAAACCACGUGUCCACGGGGUGCACCGGCCAAUGUGCUCCAUCCUUCAGGACCUGGUGUACAGCACAACACUGCACCUCGACACCGAGACGUCCAGGCUGUGACACAGAGAUGGGGACCUCGACCAUCAACCAGAUAUUCUUGUCUAAGCCUGCAGACCCAAGUCCUUGUGUGUCCUAAGAAAAUGCUCAACCCCUGAGCCGCAGGGCCAGGUGGUUACAGUUGUGUAAGUUUGCAAAGUUGCGGGUCCCUCAUCACCAGCUACUCUGUGAGACUGGAUUUCCAGGAAUUUGAGCUUCUGAAUGGGCCUCAUCAGAGUCUUUGUGGACCUGAUGUUUGAGAUGUGGUAAGUCACUUGGGUUUUAUCUACUGAGCUUUUCAAGGAUGUGACAGAGGUGGAGAGCUUUAUCUUCCUAAGUCCCCACAAGACGGUGUCCAACUGAGUGUUCCACGGUGCUCUUGGGAGGUUUGGACCAAAUGAGGCAUGGACUGGAGGCUCUGGAGGCUGUUCAGACACGGCAGCCAUCCCGCCCGCCAGGAAAUCCUGGGGCUCUCAGUCUGCCCUCCCUGUCAGAGCGCCUGCACUUUGGGAAGAAGGGCCAUGGGAUUACCCCGCAUUGGCAUUGAUGCUAUGGAGAGCUGCCUUCUCAUCCAAGCAAUGCUAAUUUGCCUCCAUCCCCAGUCAUUUGCUACCUAGAGAAAUACCCUAACAGCCUGGGACUGGGUUCCGCAUGCCCAGCUUUCCAGAGCAACCUGCAGAGGCUGAGAGGCUCGCCAUGACUGUCUGAUACCACAGCACUCGCGCCCGGAUUUUCAGAAGCAUCUCUCAGCUAGACCAACCUUUAGUGUACUGUAGGUACUUUUAAUAAUCUCCAUAAAAGCCUGAUUUCCAAUCCCUAGGCUCAAGCUGACAGUGUAAAUAAAAUCACCCAAAUCCACAGGGACAGAAAAAUGAAAAUGACAUGGAUUAAAAUUUGGUCAAAACCUCUUUCUUUUUAAAAAUUCUGCAUCCCUUCCAAUUGGAUCACGACCCUCUGUGUGUUCAGCUUAAGGCCAGACGGCCUGCUUUCACUUUUAUUCCUCUCUGUAGCAGGCUUACAGUAUUUAGUGAGGGGCUGCAAAGAAUGUGCACCGGGAAGAGAGCUAAUACCAUAAUCCCCCAUCGCUGGGGUCAGAUGCUGAAUAAAGUGAGAGAAUUAGCAAAUGUGUGACGUACAGUGGAAGCAAAAACACACCAGCACGGACACAUCAGCAUGGUGUCUUGUGAGCAGGAGCAUCCAAUGCCCAGGAGUAAUGGCUGUGAGGUAGCGCAGUGUGCACACUUAAAAGUUGACCGUGGAAACAGGGGUGGAAGACUCUCGCCAAUGUCUUAAUGCGCUCUCUCUCUCUCUCUCUCUCUCUCUCUCUCUCUCUCUCUCUCUCUCUCUCUCUCUCAUUGCAUCUGCCCAAGCACCUGCCUGGAUCUGUUUCCUAAGUCACACGUUAGCCACUGAAUCAUCAUACAGAGCAGAGUAGGCAUCUUCUCUUCGCUCUUCUGCCGAGGGUGUGAAUGUGGCUCUGAAAACGCCGUGAUGCGGCUGUCUCAGGAGGAUUCUCUCAACGAACGAGUAGAGAUUGGCGGCACUGUGGAAAAAAAAAGUGUUAACAGCCACGAUCUCCUGUGCCUUGGGAAAGCCAACCACGCUUCCCUGGAGUAAGAUUACAAGCAAAUAAACAGCCACAUGGAAGUAAUUUCAGAAGUGGUGCAUGCGAGCGUGGGCCCGUGUGUGUGUGUGUGUGUGUGUGUGUGUGUGUGUCCGUCCAAAAGUGCAAGCUGGAUUGUUUCUUUCCAACGGUAUCUUUCAAAACCAUACCUAGUAGAGAUCAACAUUAAAUAUUAAUUUAGUUUUAAAUUUGCAUGUAGUAAAAGGCACUCUUUGGGGUGUAGUAUUCUAUGCUCUGACAAGCCUGUGCCAUUGUGUAGGGCUGGCCAGUCAGGAGGUGUAGUUUCAUUAAACCCCACAAUGCCUUGUGGCGCUUCCUUCAUCAGACCUUGCACCUGAGCCCUGGGAACAACUGACCCACCCUUUGGCCUUUUAUGCUCUGCCUCCCCAGAAUGUUAUGGAUCAGAACCUCAGGGUACUUGCCUGUUUCUUCUGACUUCUCUCAUUAGCAAGCCUAUUUAAUGUCAGUCCAGGGCAUGGCGCCUGAAGUUUACUGAACUCCACCGUAGUCAUUCAUCUUUGUGGAUCUCAGUGGUGCUUCAAGAGCCUCUUGUUUCCCAGCUUUGAUAGAUAGUAUGUAAAAUAAAUGUAUCUUUCUUAAACGUUCAGUUUUCACCAGUACUUUUACCCCCUUGGAAAUCAUUUGCUUUGAGACAGGACCUCACUAUGGAGUGAACUUGCAGAGUCUUGGGACCAUACUCUAAGCCAACCAUGUGAGUGUCCACACCCUGAGAAGUUGGUGCAAGAGAAGGUGUCCACUGAGGGGCUGAGCCAGUUUUACUCAGGAUUAUAAAACUUCCUGACAGUCAUAUUUGAGAUUGUAAGCUACAGGCAGAAAGAGAGGUGAAAAAAAUGAAGAAGUGGGGAAGUGAAUAAAUGUGUGUGUGUGCAUCAAUGUCUGAGGAUAUCUAUGUGUAUGCAAGUAUGUGCACAUGAGUGUGAAUAUCAUGGGUAUGUGAGUGUGCCUGUGUGCACAUAGAGCACACAUGUGUGCAUCUGAGUGCAUGCAUCUGCUUGUGGCUGUGCAUGUAUGUGCAACGGUAUGCAUGUUAAUGAGUGUGUGAAUGUGUGUGCACGAAUAUGUACAUGGAUGUGUGCACGCGGGUGCGGUCGAGUCCCUAUCAGUUCUCGUAGCCACCAGCUAAAUGAUGGGGACUGGCUUUCUGCUCCACCAGACAGUAUCCCACUAAGUAACUGAAAAGGAAGGUCUCCGGAGAAAACACUCAGGGACAUUAUGAAUCAGAGAUUGGAGCUGUUUGUGAAGAAUAACCUUCUCUUUGCUAUAAGACACUCCAGUACACGAAAAUCCCCAGGGGAGGCUGAAUCCUAACCGGGAAGCAUAAGCUAGGCUGCGGAGAGUAAUCUGGCAUAUUGUCUCUUUCCCACAGGGCAUAUUGACUAAGUCACAGAAGAGAUCUUGUUUCACGUAAAUAAAGCAUUAUUGUUUGGUGUCUUUAA